AUGGCCUACCCAAUCACAUUUGUUGGAAACCAUCAGGCUUCUGUGGUGUAUUUAAACAAACUUCGAAAAGAAACUCCAACUGCUGGAUUUGUCGAGAAGCGAUUAGAUGAUCGUGAGCAUACAAUCUGCGGAAAGAUUGCUAAGCUCACACCGGUGUCAGUGCCAAACUCAAACCGACACGUCACCAACUUCUUCAACAAGAUUCUUACUCACAAAUACAUCAACGAGAGUGUGCAUGUCUACAGCACUUAUCUUUUCGAUCGGCUGUACCACAAUCAAUUUGGAGUUCCAGAAUUGCGGAAAAAAGAAAACUUUGUGGAAGACCACAAUAUUCUAUUCAACGGCGUUGAUGAUUACAACGUGGUGCAGAAGGAUGUGCUUGUGGUUCCAAUUAACUACGCAUUUGCCUGGCACCUGGUGGUUAUCGACAAGCCAAUGAAUGCGGCUCGCAAAAACGAAGAGGUCCAAAUCUACUUUGUUAGCGCUCAUCAGGUCACUCCAGAGCAUUCAAUGUCAAAAUUCGUCGCCAGAUACAUCGAGAUGGCAUUCGCGGUUCUGGGAUUAAAAACGUACCCAGAGAAUUUUAAAUACCAGGAGUUGGUUCUGGAAAGCUGUGCUAGCCAAUCGCAAGUACUAUGCGCGGUCUACACCGAGCUUGUAUUUAAGAUUGCAGAGCAUAAAAUGGGCAUGGAGGUGUUCUUCUCGGGAUUCAAGCCGCAGGCGCAAGACAAAAAGUUUGAGCACAAAAUCUUCCUGCGCUGCAUGGAGAGCCUUUUGGAAUGCAUCGCCGUGGAGAACAACCCACACGGGCAGCUUCCAGGAUUCGAGCUUGCUCUGAUUGAGGAUGAGGAUCUUUCAUGGAUAGAACCAGCCAACUACGACAAACUUCUUACAGACGAGUACCAAGACGGGUUGAUUCGUCCGGUUCGUCAGUUCAUGGAGCCAUUGGAGCAUCCAGAGCCGAUGAAAGAUUGGUUCGCCAAGCAAGUUGCCAAGCGGUGUGCCGGCGACUCAACGAAAAUUGUGUAUUAUGGAGAAUCAGAUUCAAGCCAUUCGGGUUGGGCCGGCGCUUCCUUUGUUGGAGAUUAUUCCGAUGCUGAUGAAGGAGCAAACACAUCGUCCAUCUAA